GUCUUUGUGCCUAGAAAUUAAGUCCAGAGCAUCGGCCGGUGUCAAAUGUUUGGUCGCGCUCUAAUUUAGGCUACCUUCCUCUGUCGUGAAACCGUUAAUCACACGUUCCAGAAUUACACACCAUUUCAGCAGCGCCCAACGAUACGUAGAGGGAAAGAAGGAGACGGGACAUCGUCUAGGAAUUAUCCCAGUGUUUUCCCGGUCCUCCCGCAGGUUCACUGCUGUUGCUUUAUUUGGAAGUCCCGGAAGCGUUUGCUGCCCUGCUCAGUUGACUGACAAGAAGGCUUGGGGAAGGGACGCGCACAGGGACCAGCUCGGCUGAGGACGUGUGGGAUCAAGGAAAAUAAAGGCAACACUGCCGUAAUAACACAGAAGAGAACACAGACACAGAAGCAUGGAAAGGCUUGUAGAGCGUUUGGAAAAUGCUGUGAUUCGCUUGGAGAAGGUGUCCGUCAAGUUACAGGGCCAGGGCAUGGCCAAUGGAGACAUCCUUAAUGGGAUUAAUGGAGCUCUGUCGGAGUGGAUGGAGGCGUUUGAUGUGCUGCUGAAGGGACCAGUGGCUGAGUACAUGAAGCACAGCCGAGCCAUCGGGGACGACGUGGCCCAACAUGCUGAGAUGGUAAACAAUGCUCUGCAAGUGGAGAGAGCCUUCCUCAAGAUGGCCAGCACACACCAGGAGCCAGCUCAGCAGAUGGAGCUAGCCGACCUGUUGCGGCCAGUCUCGGAGCAGAUUCAGGAGGUGCAGAGUUUCCGGGAGAAGCACCGUGGCAGCAGCCUCUUCAACCACCUGUCCGCCGUGAGCGAGAGCAUCCCUGCCCUGGGCUGGGUCGCCAUGGGUCAAAAGCCAGGCCCCUACGUGAAAGAGAUGAAUGAUGCAGCCAUUUUCUACACCAACAGAGUGCUGAAGGACUACAAAGACUCUGAUCCACGUCAUGUGGACUGGGUGCAUUCUUAUCUGAGCAUCUGGACGGAGAUGCAGCUCUUCAUCAAACAGUACCACGCCACUGGCCUGGCCUGGAGUAGUACCGGUCCCAUGGCCCCAGCCUCUCUGUCCUCCCAUGCUCAUUCAGGUCCUUGUCCCCCGCCUCCCCCUCCCCCACCACCCCCCGGCCCCCCGCCUGUAUUCACCAAUGAGGAAGGACCCAAGCAGGAUGCCCCCGCUGCCCAGCGCUCUGCCUUGUUCGCCGCGCUCAACCAGGGAGAGGCCAUCACUAAAGGCCUGAAGCAUGUGGGGGAGAACCAGAAGACCCAUAAGAACCCAGUUCUGCGGACUCAGGGCGGGUCACAGCAGGCCUCGCCCUCCAAAUCCAAACACCACGGCUCCUCGAAAAAGAAACAAAACAAGAAGCACCCCCCCUUGCUGGAGCUGGAGGGGAAGAAGUGGAGAGUGGAGUACUAUGAGCAGACCCAUGAUCUGAUCAUAGACGAGACGGAGCUGAAGCAGGUGGUGUAUAUCUUCAGCUGCAACAACUCGACAAUUCAUAUCAAAGGGAAAGUCAACUCCAUCAUCAUGGACAACUGUAAGAAACUGGGCCUAGUGUUUGACAAUGCUGUGGGAAUUGUUGAAGUCAUCAACUCCAAAGACGUGAAGCUUCAGGUGAUGGGGAAGGUCCCCACCAUGUCCAUCAAUAAGACAGAAGGCUGCCAAGUGUACCUGAGCAAGGAGGCCCUGGACUGUGAGAUCGUCAGUGCCAAGAGCUCUGAGAUGAACAUACUCAUACCGCAGGGGGAUGACUAUAAAGAGUUUCCAGUACCAGAGCAGUUUAAGACCGUCUGGGACGGCUCCAGGCUGGUGACGGAGCCCACAGAGAUCGCCGGCUGAUCUGAUCUGAUCUGAUGCUACUUCAUCCCACUCCUCUUCUGCAUCUCUGCAAUCAUCUCCUGUCCUCCUCCUAUUCCCAUUGUAUCUUUCCUCACUGCACUUUUAACAGUCCAUCACUCCGUCCGAGACCAGACCGACUGUGGGAAAAGGGAUUACAACUCACAGACCCCACCGCACUAGAUAGGCUAGAUUAGAAAUUGGUUUUACCUCAAAAUUAAAAUGUUUUUAAAAAGGCCAUUUUAAGGUCAUCUACAGAUCCAGCCCAUACACGAUAAUUCAUAUAUUCCCCAGGCACUUACAAUAAGUAGUUUGUGUCAUGAAAGGAGUGCCCAUUUGUCAAAAGCAUUGUAGUUGGCUUUUGCCUACCUGCAUUAUUUUUGUCUGUCAUUACGGUCGUGCUACAAUGCUCUUGAUUAAAAAAAAAAAAAAAUGAAAUUUGGGUCAGUAAUGAAACCCUGCUACCACUAAAACUUUUGUUUAUAUUUGCUAAGAUUUAGCUGGGCUGCUCCACUGCUGUUCGAAAAGAUAUUAGUUUCCCCCCAUUUUAGAAAGUGUUUAUUAUAAGAAUUUAUUCACAACAUUUUUUUUAUACAUCUUUGUGGGAAUUUUUGUGUGCAUUUUUUUUAAUUUACGAAUAGCCUUCAAAAUCUUUCAAAACAAGAUUCAAUCACAGAAGAUGCUGAGUGAUUACUAAGGUAGACAGGGCAUUGAAGAGUGCCGAAAAAGUAGGGGUUGUCAAUGAAUAACUGCAGAUACAAUUUGAACUCAACAAAGGGAAUGAAUGUUGUCACUGAAGUAUACAGUCACUCACAAUUUAUUUGGCAAUGUAGUGUUACAUGUAAUGGCAAUAGUCACUUGUUCCAUACAGCUGACCAAGUUGGCUCAACAAGUUAGCUGGCUAACUUUUGUGAUGUACAUGCAGAAUUAACAAACGGUAGUCUGUUCCAUUUCACAGAAAAUCCUGGCAGUUUGCCAUUGAAAUGGCUCAGAGGGUGGCAUAGGGAGAAAGUUAUUGUGCGUCUAUACUGUGACUGUUCUGGAUGUGACCCUGUCCAAUGGCAGAUGUGUUGUGAAAUGUGUUGAAAAGGAAUUAAGUUAUUCUGCUGGCAUUAGCUGACAUUAAAGCUCUCAGUAGAACUGUACUGUACGCCACAAUCACCACAAGUUACCCAGUGUGUUGUGAAACUUUCCUGUAACCUAAAAUGCAAGCAAAUCAUGAGAUGUUUAGAUGACUUCACACAUGCACUUACUGCAGGGUGUCCAUAGUGAGAUAUACUCCAAAUGCCUUAGAGCCUAGCUAGAAGUUGAUCUUCACUGGUUAAAUCCAUGCCUUAAUAAUUGUAGGUCUGCACUGUGUUACAUCAAUAUACAGAAAUGAUGUAUUUCCAUAGUUUUUGGUAGUCUGGAACAUGACUGGAGAGGGCAGGAAAUUGACAUAUUAAAUCCAAAUUAAGUAUCUACA